AUGGACUUCCUGGUGGAAAUAGAUGAUGAGUUGGACUAUAAUGAAGGUGAAUCACCUGUAACUUUCAAAAGAACCGGUACCAGUUACACAGGAGAUUUAAAGUCUUCACAGUUUCACGUUAAACCAGCUUAUCUAAGCGAUAAAGGCCGUCGUACUAUUGUUUCGCCCCGUGAAGAAGGAGAGGCUUAUUCAGAUGAUGAAAAUGAUUCUGGUAUGCCACCAGUUGAUUCAAAGCGUGAAUAUAACAGCAAACAAAUAACUCAUUUUGAUAAAGAAGAGGGUGAGGCAUCUAGUGAAGAGGACCGACGUUAUGAGAAUUCAAAGCGGGAAAAAUCAGGUUCCAGUAAAUAUCCUCCAGGGAACACAAAUUUGACACUUGAGGAACAUCAAUAUCGGAACCGUUUACAUGAAAGAUAUGAACGACGUGAGCGUGAGAAGAAGAGAAUACGCGAUAACAUAGAUCCAGAGUCAAUGCAUGGGUCGAACCAACAUGGACGUCCAUUAUAUUACAAAGAAAAUUCUACCUCCAGCAGUGAAAGAGAAGGUGUCCACUCUAAUCCAAAAGUGGAAGACUCAGAAGUUAAUCGGAAGUAUCAGUCUUCGAAACAAUCGGAUUCAAAGCAGAGAGAUCGUAUAUUAGUGUCUACGGUUAAUCAAACAUUAGAAAAUUCACCUCAAGACAAUCGACAAUACAAAACAGCUUUACAAGUAGAACGCGAGGAAUAUGUGCUAAAAUAUGGUCAAAAUCAAUCAAGUUGUGUUACUGUAACUGAUAGAAUUAUUGAAUCGCAAACUAUUUAUACAGAUGAACUAAAUCCUUCACAAUCAGAGAUAAAUCGGAAAUCGAAAUCUAAAAAAUCUAAACGUGAUCGGAAAGAAAAAGAGCAGAAGAUGACAUCAAAAAGUCGAGAGGUGACAACAUUAAAAGUUAAAAAGGAAAGUAAGCAACGAAAAAUUCAAUCUGGUAAUAGUAGUAGUCAUUUAGACUACAAUACUUGGGAGUCAAUUCAAAAAUAUACCAAACUUCCAGAUCGUCAUCAUGGACCUCUCCAACAUAGUCGUUCAGGUUCAUUAGAUUCCAUAUCUUCCGCUUCAUCUCAACUGAGUAAAGUUUCCGCAUACACUGGUUGUUCGUCACACUCAUCACCCUUGGGAUAUCGUAAGUCAUCAACAUCAUUAACAAGUGGUCAACAACUUCGACGCUCUUCUCAAUCACCCAAUGAUCUUGAUGAAUCAUAUACCUAUUCUAAGAAACGUUAUCAUCGUGAAGCUAGAGAAACUGCUCCACCACCUGAAUCUACACGUCAUUAUAUUGGUCCAAAUCAAAUAUCGGUAAAAAUGAAACAUAAGCGUAAAGGUGACAAACGUGAAACAUCUGAAAGUAUUAAUUAUGGAGUAAAUUUGGCUAGUAAACGUGAAAAACUAUCACAAGACAAUGAAAAUCAUGAAUUACAAAUAGACGAUUCACAUACACAUUCAACCACUGGACGCACCAAAAGUAAAAUGUCAAAAUCUCUUGGAACAGAAUCUAGUAAACACAAAAAACACUCAUCUAAGAGUUCAAAAAUGAAAAACAAUCGAUCAACAAUGAGAAAGAUAUCAUCCACUUCAAAACUGGAAGGAGACUAUGAACAAAGUAGUCGCAAUCUCUAUAAGUUAGUAGUAAAUAAACCCGAAGGUGGUGAACAGUAUUCAGAAGAAAGUGACUCAGAUCCACACAAUAUCAAUGAUAAUAGCAAUAUUCGACGAAAUAAUCAUGACAUUAGUUAUAACAAGAUAGCAGAUAUUGAUAUCAAUGAGAAAGCUGGUGGAAAAUCUAAGGAAAUGAAUGUAUUAUUUCCUGCUGGAAAUAAAAUAAUUGGGAAUGAUAUAAAAGGUGAAUUUAAUAGACUACCACCUCCUCCGCGUUAUCCGGGUUAUUCGGAAUCUUCAUCUGAAUGUGAAGAAGGUGGAGUACCCGAUAAUGGUUUUUUGGAUGAUGAUGAUGAUGAUGAUGACGAUGUCAAUGAUCAUAAACUUGAUGAUGUUGAACUUCAUAAAGACGAUGAUGUUGUUAAUGAUGAUGAAAUCAGUUCCUUUAAGAAUAAACCACCUGGGAAGCCAUUCUAUUUCCCAUCUAUACAAGGUUGUAGAUCAGUAGAAGAAUUUGAAUGUCUCAAUCGUAUUGAAGAAGGCACUUAUGGUGUUGUCUAUCGAGCACGUGAUAAAAAAGUGAAUGAAAUUGUUGCAUUGAAACGUUUAAAAAUGGAGAAAGAACGUGAUGGUUUCCCAAUUACAUCAUUACGUGAAAUAAAUAUGUUAAUGAAAGCUCAACAUGAAAACAUUGUUACUGUACGUGAAGUAGUAGUUGGCAGUAAUAUGGAUAAAAUCUAUUUAGUUAUGGAUUAUGUUGAACAUGAUUUAAAAUCGUUAAUGGAGAUUAUGAAUGGUCCUUUCAGUGUUGGUGAAGUGAAAUGUUUACUUGUACAAUUACUAAGAGCAGUUAGUCAUCUACAUGAUAAUUGGAUAUUACAUCGAGAUUUAAAAACUUCAAAUCUUCUGUUAAGUCAUCAAGGAAUUUUAAAGGUAGGAGAUUUCGGCUUGGCUCGUGAAUAUGGCUCUCCAUUGAAACAUUAUACAGAAGUUGUUGUCACCUUAUGGUAUCGAGCACCGGAGCUGUUACUAGGUACCAAACAAUAUACUUGUCCAAUUGAUUUAUGGUCAGUUGGUUGUAUUUUCGCUGAAUUCUUACUACAACGACCAUUAUUCCCUGGGAAAGGCGAAGUGGAUGAAUUAAAUAUUAUUUUUCGAGAUUUGGGCACACCAACAGAACGUAUAUGGCCAGGUGUAUCUCAGUUGCCUGGAAUUAAAAAAUGUGUUUUUACUGAAUAUCCGUAUAAUCAAUUAAGACGAAGAUUUACUGAAAAACAAAUAUCUGAUCAAGGCUUUGAUUUAUUGAAUAGCUUCCUUACAUAUUGUCCAGAUAAACGGAUUACCGCAGAAAAAGCACUUGUUCAUCCAUAUUUCAACGAACGUCCUCGUGCUAUCCAUCCAUCAAUGUUUCCAAGUUGGCCAGCAAAGUCUGAAGGUGGUGUUGCAGUGAAAAGAGCAUCACCUAGAGCACCUGCUGGCGGUGGUGCUCUGGCAGCGGCUGCAGCUGCUGUUGCUGCUGCCGCAGCAGCAGCGGCAUCAUCAUUGGCCACAACAAGUGGUAGUCGUGUAAGGUAUCAGCCUCCGGCGCCUCCUAUGGGAGGUCAACGGUUUUAUAGCAAUAUGUCGGAUUCACGUCCAGGUACAGCAAAUCAAGGAUCAGGUGAUGCUUUUACUACUAGUGGUGUAGAUAAAGGAUUCUUACUGCGUUUUUGA